GUGAAUAGAAUGCUACGGAGUAAAACGAUAAACUUCAUUUUUUUUUUUUCUUUUCACAAAAGACUUAAUGUUACAACUUGACAAAAAACUUCAACUCUCAUAGUUUCAUAUAGUCAUAUACAAAGUACUAAAUUACUAAUACAUUAGCGCCGACCUAACUUGAGAAAUUUAUUCCACGAUUUUCAUUCCAACUCAAUCGUUACACUAAUUUUUGACACAUUUUAUUUCAUGAUUGUCAUUCCAAUUCAAUCGUUACACUAAUCUUUGACACAUUUUUUUUCAAUGUUUUACGACAAAUUGAAUAUCAACCGCGCAACACAUAAAAUCUAGCAGUAAGGUAUUGACACUUCAACUGUCAGCAAAUUUGGAGAGAGGCUGCGCGCAAAACCCUUGUAAAAAACACUCUUUCAUUGCCUGCUGUUCUUCCCAAUUAACGUCGCUCCAAAUUUAUUCUCCAGGCAUGAAGGUUUAAAAUGCUACCACCGCGUUUGAAGAAAAGUGUGAUAGACAAUCCAAAAAAGCUUGCUAAUUUGAUUGAUCUAGUAAAUCUCCCAUCAACUUUGCGGGAGUUUGUUGGUCAAUCUCAGAUUUCUCGCUUGGGGUGCUUCAUGCGAGUUUGGUCCUACAUCAAAACAAAUAAUCUCCAGGAUCCACAAAACAAAAAUUAUGUUAAUUGUGAUGAUAAAUUGAAGAGUAUUUUGCUUGGAAAAUCAAAAGUGGAUUUAGCUGAGCUUCCUUCCUUGAUCAAAUUGCAUUUUCCCAAGGAGCCGAAGUGAUGUUCACUCUGUAUUCAAGAUAAGGAUGAAGACGUUAGUGCAUGCUGCUUCCAUAUCUGCUGGUUAAUGAUUCAACGUCGAGUGACCAAUGACAUGUAUUUAAUAUAUGUAGCAUAGUUAACGAAAAUGCAGCAUAUCAUUUGUUGAAAAAAAUGAAAAGCUGAGUUAAAGAUUCAUACACCUUUUUCGUUACGUAGAAGGUGUGGAAGGUUGAACCCUUCCAUGAGGAACUCCUAAUUGAUCUCUGGGAUUUAAACGACUCUUCUUUUGAUUAGGAAAAUCUUUGAGUGCACACAUAAUUCUAAUAUCCAAACUAUAAUAAGAGCGGUCUUGUUUAAAUAGUGUAUAAAUGAAUUUAUUUCUCCGACAAAAUGUGUUUUCAAGUUGUUUUUGAAGUAAUUAAACUUGUGUGUUAGAGGAACAA